UCUGGGUGUCUGACAUGAUCAGAAAGCAUUUAGAUGGCAACCGUGGAAGCGGAGCUCAGGCUAAGCUCGAUGGGGGUGCGACUGCUGCUCGGUGCUGCUCACUGCUGUCCGUCCGCUCCUCCGCAGGGGCCGAAGACCCCGCAUUCCCUCUUGGGAGUGCUGCUUUUGCUCUCUGUUUCCGUGGCGAUGAUCAUGCCUCCCACCGGCCUUGAAGACGGCUUCCCCAAUGGCGGCAAUUUGACGCGCUCGAGUCGCCUGUUUGGGGACAUGGGGGACAUGGGCCCUGUGCAGCCCGGAGAUGUAGACCCAGCCUUAUGCCAGAUGCUGAUGGAGGCCCCGGACGUGCAGCUCCCGGUCAUCCCCUGGUCCUGCGUCUGUUGGUACUGCAAGGGCUCCCCGGGAGCCAAGGGCGAGAAAGGAAGCAGCGGGCUGCCAGGCCGCCCUGGGAGCCCAGGGACGAGAGGAUUCACUGGGCUGAGGGGCCGCCCGGGCUUUAUGGGCCCCAGGGGACUGAAGGGUAAGAGCUCGAUGACGACGGCACGACAGCACAUCGCACUAUGA